AUGUCGAGCAAGGAAGUUCCAGCAACGGUGCAUCAGGAAACCGAAUUUGCGCCGGCCAACGAGCGCGCAAAGGCUCAUGGCCAGCUUGGUGCUGCGCAUCUAUUCAUUGAGGACAGCGUGGGCAAUGUAACUGGCAGAGUUCUGAUACCCCGGCCAACCGAUGAUCCCAAAGAUCCUCUGACAUGGACCCGUACGAGGAAGGAAAUCGCUUUCUGGAGCAUCUCCUAUUUCAUAUUCCUGUCCAACUAUACUGUCGCCUCCAUCUCGCCAGGUCUGGUAGCUAUCCAGGAGCAUUUUGAAGUUACAGGCUCCUAUGCCUCUUACUUUAUCACCAUGCCCGUCUUGUUUAUCGGUAUCGGGAACCUUUUCUGGAUUCCUCUAUCUCGAAAGAUCGGCAAACGGCCUGUGCUCAUUCUCUCAUCGCUCACCUUUUUCCUCUCUUGUCUCUGGAGCGCCGUGGCCAAGUCUGGCGGCUCGAUGCUCGGGUCCAGAAUCAUUCAAGGGUUCGGUGCAAGCUGCCCUGAUGCCAUGGGUCCCGCAGUGGUUGCCGAUUUGUUCUUCGUCCACGAACGUGGCCAAAAACUCGGCUGGUACACACUCGUGAUUGCCUUUGGCAAUUCCUUCGGCGCCAUCUUUGCUGGUCUGAUCACCAACGCCACCCCGAACUGGAGAUGGAUCUUCUGGAUGGACGCCAUCGUCACCGGUGUCCUGUUCCUCCUGAUGGUGUUCGCCAUGCCAGAGACCAACUUCGAACGACCCACAGCAACAGAAAUGGGCGAGACCGAAGACUUGGCACCGGUUUUGACCCAAGAGAAGCGCUCUCACUUAAGUUAUGUGCAAUCGUUGAAGGUCACAAGCUUUUACGACAAAAAAACGAGCUUGCUGAAACACUUCUGGAGACCGCUUACUCUGACCGUGUACCCUGCCGUCUGGUAUGCCGGGCUGACUCAAGGUGUUGGUGUCGGCUGGGUCAUCCUUCAACAAACCGCAAACUCGAUCUUCUAUCCUGCCUUGUACAACUACAGCGGCCUCGCCGUCGGAAACAUCAAUGUUGCUAACAUCAUUUCCGCCUGUAUCGCCUGUCUUUACGGCGGCAUCGGUAGUGACAUGCUCGUAGCUUGGAUCACCAAGCGUAGGGGCGGCUACUUCCAGCCCGAGUACCGUCUCUGGGGGGCACUCCCGAUCUUCCCUUUCGUGCCCUUGAGCUUGAUGCUCUGGGGCUGUGCGCUCUACUACAAGCUCGAUCCCUUCGUGGGUAUCGCCGGCUUUGGCAUAACCUAUGGCGUGCUCUGCGCCAUCUCGCCCAUUGCCCUUACCUACCUGGUGGACUGCUAUCGACCUCUCGCUGGUGAGACGCUGACGAUCGCGACGGCGAUUAAGAACGUUUUCGCAUUCGGCAUUUGCUUCGCCGUCGUCCCUUGGAUUCAAAAGGAUGGUUUCAUCAAGGUUUCCGGCUAUAGCACCUUGAUUGAGGGCCUCAUUUUUGUAUCCACCAUUCCUCUCUAUAUCUACGGAGAGCGCAUUCGGAACUGGACCAGCAAGCUCAGCAUUUGA